GACGUGAGAAAAAAUAAUUUGAAGGCAUUCCGCAGCUCUGGCGCCCUCGUAUCUCAUUUAUGCAACAUGUAACAACAGCUGCAAGAAAAGCCUUUAGCAGAGAAGGAAACUGUGGAGAAAGAGGCAGAGCAGCAAGAAGAGAAGGACAUUUGAGAGUCCUGCAGCAGGAUCUCCAAGACUGCGUGACUGUUCUGUGCAAGCAGAAGGAGAAGGAGGGAGGACACAGGACAGAAGGGAGGAAGGUAGGAAAGAAAGAAGGGGGAGGGGAAGAAAUUCAGCGCAGUGCAAGCUGACUGAAUGAGUAGCAGCCGCGGCACAGGCAGCAACAUCAGCACCGAUAGCAGUAGCAUCUUUCUUUGGGGCUGCUGGAGACUGUCUUUUGGCUUCUGUAGCAUCAAAAUCACCCGCAUACGCACAGAUAUCUGGACACAGACUUUCCCACUGCGUUGCCUUACACACACACACGCGCACACACAGAGAGACACACACAUGUCGUGGUGGCCACCAGAGAAGAGGUAGUAAGUGACGGGGCUCGGGGGACAGAGGGACACAGGAAGAGGAAACAGGGACGACUGGUGGUAGUGCAGACGAGAGGAGGGCUGGAGCGACGGCGACUGAAGCAGCGGCAGCAGCAGUAGCAGCGGCACCAUGGCGCAAGCCGCCAAACAGCUCCGCAAGACCAAGGACCUCGCGGAGGCCGCCGCCCAGGAGCAGAGGGAGAAGGAGGAGGAGAAGAUAAAAAAGAGAAAUCGAUCCAGGGACCGCAGGCGCAAGGACACAGCCACCAGCUUUCUACGAGCAGCUCGUUCAGGGAACCUGGACAAGGCUCUGGAUCACAUCAAGAAUGGAAUCGACAUCAACAUAGCUAAUCAAAAUGGUCUUAAUGGGUUACACCUUGCCUCUAAAGAAGGUCAUGUCAAAAUGGUCCUGGAGCUACUACACGCAGGCAUUGAGCUGGAAGCAACCACCAAGAAAGGGAACACUGGUCUCCAUAUCGCAGCACUGGCAGGGCAGGAGAAAGUGGUGGCUGAGCUUGUCAACUAUGGUGCCAACAUUAAUGCCCAGUCACAUAAAGGGUUUAGUCCUCUCUACAUGGCAGCGCAGGAGAACCACUUAGAGGUGGUCAAGUUCCUACUUGAGAACGGUGCCAAUCAGAGUCUCCCGACCGAGGAUGGCUUCACUCCCCUGGCAGUAGCCCUCCAGCAGGGCCAUGAAAAUGUUGUGGCACUGCUCAUUAACUAUGGCACCAAGGGCAAGGUCCGCCUCCCCGCACUGCACAUCGCCGCACGAAACGACGAUACACGGACUGCUGCUGUUCUCCUGCAGAAUGACCCCAACCCUGAUGUACUCAGCAAGACUGGCUUCACACCUCUCCAUAUUGCAGCCCACUAUGAGAACAUGAGUGUAGCCCAGCUGCUGCUGAACAGAGGAGCCAAUGUAAACUUUACCCCCAAGAAUGGCAUCACGCCCCUUCAUAUAGCUUCCAGGAGGGGUAACGUGAUGAUGGUCAGACUACUGCUGGACAGAGGGGCACAGAUUGAUGCCAAAACUAAGGAUGAACUGACUCCUCUCCACUGUGCAGCUAGGAAUGGUCAUGUUCGAAUUAUUGAGAUCCUGCUGGAACACGGUUCUCCCAUCCAGGCCAAAACUAAGAAUGGUCUGUCCCCCAUUCACAUGGCAGCUCAGGGGGAUCACAUGGACUGCGUCAGGCAGCUACUACAGUACAACGCGGAGAUUGAUGAUAUUACGCUGGACCAUUUAACCCCUCUUCAUGUAGCGGCCCACUGUGGUCACCAUCGCAUGGCCAAAGUCUUGCUGGACAAGGGGGCCAAGGCCAAUGCACGUGCUCUGAAUGGCUUCACACCUCUCCAUAUUGCUUGCAAGAAGAACCACAUGCGGUCUAUGGACCUGCUGCUUAAGCACUCUGCUUCCUUAGAAGCUGUCACAGAGUCUGGUCUUACUCCUCUUCAUGUAGCAGCAUUCAUGGGCCAUCUGAACAUAGUGAAGAACCUGCUCCAGAGAGGGGCUUCACCUAAUGCUUCCAAUGUGAAAGUGGAGACUCCGCUCCACAUGGCCUCCAGAGCAGGACAUUGUGAAGUUGCUCAGUUCCUGCUGCAGAAUACAGCACAAGUAGACGCCAGGGCUAAGGACGACCAGACACCCCUACACUGUGCAGCCCGCAUGGGCCACAAAGAGCUUGUCAAGUUGCUCCUUGAGCACAAGGCCAAUCCUGACUCAGCUACAACUGCAGGCCACACACCCUUACACAUCGCUGGACGUGAAGGGCAUGUCCAAACCGUUCGAAUCCUGCUGGAUGCUGGUGCACAGCAAAUCAAGAUGACAAAGAAAGGCUUCACUCCUCUCCAUGUGGCCUCUAAAUAUGGAAAAGUAGAUGUGGCAGAACUCCUACUGGAGCGAGGAGCCAACCCCAAUGCAGCCGGGAAGAACGGUCUGACACCCCUUCAUGUGGCUGUCCAUCACAACAACCUGGAUGUUGUUAAACUCCUGGUCAGCAAGGGAGGAUCUGCACACAGCACUGCUCGAAAUGGCUACACUCCCCUGCACAUAGCGGCCAAGCAGAACCAGAUUGAAGUGGCCAGUUGCCUGCUGCAGAACGGGGCAUCACCUAAUGCAGAGUCCCUCCAAGGCAUCACGCCCCUACACCUGGCUUCACAGGAGGGACGGCCCGACAUGGUGGCUCUGCUCAUCUCCAAACAUGCCAACGUAAAUCUGGGAAAUAAGAAUGGACUGACCCCUCUACAUCUUGUAGCUCAGGAGGGUCAUGUGGGUAUUGCUGACACAUUGGUCAAACAGGGAGCUUCUGUUUACGCUGCUUCACGAAUGGGCUACACCCCCCUUCAUGUGGCCUGUCACUAUGGCAACAUCAAGAUUGUGAAGUUCCUUCUGCAGCAGCAGGUUCAUGUGAACAGCAAGACGAGGAUGGGCUACACCCCUCUGCACCAGGCAGCUCAGCAGGGGCAUACAGAUAUUGUCACCCUCUUGUUAAAACACGGAGCCCAGCCCAAUGAGAUUACUAUGAAUGGGACCUCUCCCCUGGGCAUUGCUAAGCGGCUGGGUUACAUCUCUGUCAUUGAUGUGCUGAAGCUGGUUACCGAGGAGUCUGUCUCCGUGAUCACUACAGAGAAGCAUCGGAUGAGUUUUCCUGAGACAGUAGAUGAGAUUUUGGAUGUUUCCGAGGAUGAAGGGGUUGCCCAGCUUACGUUAGGAGACGAGUUGCUUGGGAUGGAUGGAGCACGCUACUUGAAACUUGAUGACUUCAAGGACCAGGAUGAUGACUUUCUCUCCCCUAAGAAAACACUACGAGACUUUGAGGGUGGCAUGGGUACCACGCCGUAUUCUCCCGCUAUACCCAGGAUCCCGUGUGUGUCCCCAGAGACGGUUCUCCUGGAUCAGCACACCCCUGUUCCCCUUCCAAAGGAGUAUGAUGAAGACUCUCUUAUCCCAAGCAGUCCAGCUACAGAGACGUCUGACAAUGUCAGCCCUGUGGCCAGCCCUAUUCACACGGGCUUCCUGGUGAGUUUCAUGGUGGACGCUCGAGGAGGCUCCAUGCGAGGCAGCAGACACCACGGCCUGCGGGUCAUCAUUCCUCCUCGAACUUGCGCUGCACCUACACGCAUUACCUGCCGCCUGGUCAAACCCCAGAAACUGACCACGCCUCCUCCGCUGGUAGAAGGGGAGGGGCUUGCUAGCCGUAUUAUCUCCCUAGGGCCAUCCAGCAUGCAGUUCCUUGGGCCAGUAAUAGUGGAAAUUCCCCACUUUGCCUCACUGGGCCGAGGAGACCGAGAGCUUGUGAUCCUCCGCAGUGAAAAUGGCUCGGUUUGGAAAGAGCAUCGCAAUCGCUAUGGCGACGAAGUGUUGGAAACUAUUCUGAAUGGCAUGGAUGAAGACCUGGAGAGUCAAGAGGAGCUGGAGAAGAAGAGAAUCCGUCGGAUCAUCUCCACUGACUUUCCCCUCUACUUUGCUGUAGUCUCCCGCAUUCAACAAGAGAGCGAUCUGAUUGGUCCAGAGGGCGGCCGGCUGACCAGUAAGCUGGUGCCCCAUGUCGAGGCCAUCUUCCCUGAGACAGCUGUCACCAAGAAAGUGAGACUGGGACUACAGGCACAGCCGAUCCCUGAUGAACUGCUGACUCGACAGCUUGGUAACCAGGCAACCUUCAGCCCAGUGGUCACCAUUGAACCACGCCGACGCAAAUUCCACCGUCCAAUCGGGUUACGCAUCCCAUUGCCUCCAUCCUGGAGGGAGAGUCCUCGGGAUGCUGGGGAGGGUGAUACCACCAGCUUGCGCCUCCUCUGCAGUGUCAUUGGGGGAACAGCACCAGCUCAGUGGGAGGAUAUUACUGGAACCACCAAACUGAUGUACACCAACAACUGUGCCAACUUUACCACCAAUGUUUCUGCAAGAUUCUGGCUGGCAGACUGUCCACGCACGGCAGAGGCAGUCACCUUUGCCAACCUGAUGUAUCGGGAGCUGAUGGCCGUUCCAUAUAUGGCCAAGUUUGUUAUAUUUGCCAAGAUGAACGAAGCACGUGAGGGACGGUUGCGUUGUUACUGCAUGACAGAUGACAAGAUGGACAAAACACUGGAGCUGCAUGAGAACUUCACCGAAGUGGCUCGUAGUCGAGACAUCGAGCUGAUGGAGGGCAUGCCACUGCACCUGGAGUGCUCUGGGAACCUGGUGCCUAUCAGGAAGGCUACCCAGCAGCCACGUAGCUUCAGCUUUCAGGCCUUCCGAGAUAACAGACUACCUGUCUCUGUCAAGGUAAGAGAUAGUAACAAGGAUGCCACUGGGUUAUUGUCCUUUCUGCGGAAGUGCACCAAGUACGAGGACACACAGCAUGUACUGUGUAACCUUAACAUAACCAUGCCACCAUGUGUCAAGGUUGUUGGAAGUGAGGAGCGGAGGAGAACUUUAACCCCUCUUGCUCUGCGGGAGCGUUACAGUGCACUGAACGAGCCUGGUGUGGCUGCAGUGAAUGCCAUGGAGAGGACUGAGAUCAAAAUCAACAUCAUAGCUGAGCAGCUCGGACUGAGCUGGGCAGAGUUGGCAAGAGAGCUUCAGUUCGGAGUGGACGACAUUAACAGAAUCCGUGUGGAAAAUCCCAACUCGCUGCUUGACCAGAGCUCUGCCCUGCUCAGCCUGUGGGCAAGCAGAGAGGGGAAAAGGGCUAAGAUGGAGAGCCUCUACACUGCUCUGAAGAACAUCGAUCGAGCAGACAUUGUAACCUCUCUGGAGGGUCAGGCUGCACAGCCAGCACCUGGGUCUUCAGAGGAGGGUGCUUGUCGACUCAGCGACCGCGACCCCACCAUGCUGUCCCCUAGUGUCAUCAAUGGAUUUGCUCUAUUGCCUAUUCAACCAGAUGUAUUGGUCACAACAGCUAGUAUAGCCAGCACUACAAAAAAUCUGACAUUAAAUUCUUCAGCACAAGAAGAGAUCACGGACACAAGGCCAUCGCGCCUAGUGCGCAAGCCACAAGUUAUUAGACCCCCGUUUUUCAGAAGGGGUUAUGGGCUGGUGCAGGAGGAGCUGCUGUCCCCGGCCUCCAUGCAGUACAGCUUGCCCUCCCCACUGGGCGUGGAGCCCUAUUGGCAGGAAGUCUCCAGCCUCGAGUGCGCCCCUAUUGCCACAACAGAGGAAGACACCUUAAUGGAGAUGUCUGAUGUUCAGGUGUGGCCAGCAGGGGUCAGCCCCUCACUGGUUACAGUGGAGGACUCAUCACUGGAUGGCAGCAGUCGGGCUGAUGAUUCAGAAGGUGCUACGCUAUCCCUCCCCUGCAGCUUGGGUCGCCCAAGCAGUGGAGCCAGCGGGGCCAGUGGCUCCAUCAUGGAACUGGAGGAGGAGGAGGAGGAGGAGGAGGAAGGGGGGUUUGAGGAGGAGGAGGCGCCACAGGAGCCAGCAAGUGCACUGGCAGAAAGGGACAGGGUGAGGGCUAGUGGUGCCGUUCCCAAGGUCAAUCUAAAUGGUCAGCUGGGAGGUCAGAGGUCAAAUGGGAGGAGAGGGGAGGCCCCUGCACCAGGAGCAGGAGCAAAAGGAGGAGGUUUAGGGCUGGGUUCAGCGGAAGGGAUUUCUGUUAUUGCAGGCCAGCAGUCGCAUGCCCAGCGGUGUGAGACUUUGGGACUGAGUCGUGCUUCAGAGCACAGUGGAGACAACAGGGUGGUGGGAGGCAGCGCAUUUCAACCCUACUUACCAGACAAGGACUCUCUGCAGGGCUGGGUGGGCUCAGUUUCAUCUGGAAGGGACGGCAGCGUGCCAGGCUUGCACGCAGCCCAGGAGCCUCUGCUGACUCCGGUGUGUGACACGGGUUACUCUCAUGUGCUGCGUGGGCGUCUCCUGCAGGGCACACAGCCUUUUGACAAGGGGUUGGGCUUCUCUCACCAUGAGGCGGGCCAACGUGCUUGGGAACAGGAGCAGGGGCGGGUCCAGAGAGAGGAGAAAGAGGACUGUGCUGCUGAGGUGCAGUUUGUUGAACAUGAAAGCAUGCUUAUGAAAAAGGUGGGGGUGGAUGUGAGAAAGGGUGCUCAGUCAGUGCAGCGUACCAGUCUGCGGAGAGUUAAACACUGAAAUACAAUUACUACCCAGUCCUCCAGGACCGGAAAGCCACUGCCAAACCAACCUCUACCAAAACACAACCAGACCGCAGAGGAAAAUGAGCAAGGGAGGAGAGGAAGAAAAAAGACUACAAAGUGCAAACUACAAAAUGACGAACACAGAAUCAUCUUCAACAUGUGACCAUGAAGCACCACAAAAGAAAAGAAGAGGAGCAAAAAGAACUUCAACUUGUAGUUUUAUAACAUUUGUAAACAAAAAUAUCAACUAGAUUAGGGCAUGAUUCUUCUUCUUCUUCUUUUUUUUUUUUUUUUUUUACAAAAAAACAAUAAUUGUCAGUAAAAGAACCAAGAAAAAACAACAACAAAAAGUGCUUCCUGUGAACUGUAAUCGCAUGGUGACUGCUGGUGCAUGCCCUUUGACCUUUUGAACUGUUAGUAUCUACAAACUGAAGGGGUACAAUGUACGGGGCAAGCCACAUGUGGGUCAUGGGCCAUUUUAACAACCUUAUUCCCUCCGAAAUGGAGUGGUUUGUGUCAGCAAGUUGAGUCCAAUAACACUACAGCCAAAAAAAAGCCCCACAAUGGAAGGGUCUGUACACAGCUACAGUAAUCCUCUGCUGAGCCUACCAAUGCUUCUAUCACUGGACCCUUUCCCUUAUUAUUCUCAAUGUGAUAUAUGCACUCUAUGCUACGUGGACGUGUCGGUGUGUGUAUGUGUGCGCGUAUUCUUCUUUACCGCAUGUUUCUUGCUUCUGGCUUGGUGCUGAGCCCUGCCCCAUGAUUAGCUUAUUUUCCCCUGUGAUGUGACAGCGUGCUCAGUGCUGGAAUGAGAGCGCCGCUGUAGUCUUUUGCUCGUGAGCGCUCCUGUCUGCGUGUGCUGACAUCUUUUUCUUUGUGGAUAAAGUUCACUUCUUGUUAGUCGUUUCUUUGGAACCUGUCCACCUCGGUUUUAAGCAUUGUUUGACUUUGGUAGGGAAUUGAAUCUCUUUCACCCCAGGUUCACAGGGGAAAUAUGUUUUUUUCAGACAAUGGGAAUGUUUUCUUUAGAAAGUGAAUGCAUUGUGCAGCAGGUCUACUUUUUCCUCCCUCGUGACCUCUUCCGUCAUUUUUUUCCAGGAGUACACGUCAUCUUGAUCCACAGUCUUAUUCAGUAGCCUCAGUCAAUAUGCAGUGAAAUCACAGGCCUCUCCAUCAGCGGUUCUUACACGUAUGUUUAAAACUUUGUGUGCUCCCUCUUUUACCUGUUUGCAACAGCUGUAGCACCUCACUAUCAAAUUUUCGAUCAUUCAUUUUGAAACAAAGUGAAUGAAGUGAAGAAAAGAAAUGGAGCAUCUGACUCUCACGAGGAUAUAGUGAUUUGAUGUAAAACAACAUUAUAUCACAAGAAUGUGAUUGUGAAAGGAACUGUGCAGCGAGCACAGACAGGUAGCACUGUGAUCGUUGACCCCAGACUCGUGAACUGAGAAGACACAGACCUUCAUAAAUACAAACAAAAAGCACACCUAUACAAGCAUGCAUAUACACACAUAAUAAGAAACACUUUACAUAACUAAAUAAUUAACACCUGAUCAAAGUCUCAGAAAGUUUUAGGAGUUUACAACAGCAAUAAAACUGUAAGAACACUGAAGAUGGAAACCAGGGCUGUGUAUAUCUGCAUAAAGGAUUUGAUACUCAAAUCUGUAAAUGACUGAACUCCUUGGUGAAGACAGAAGGUCCAUCUGGACAAACAGCAUUCAAGUUUGGGUUUGGACAGUGGUGCUGUGUCUGACUGGUUCCAUUGCCCUUGAUGUGAUUGAGUCAGAGACGAUGCGCUGAUGCAAGAUCAGAUGAGUCAGCUGUAGCAGGGUGGGACUGUGGAGGCCUGAGAGGGAUUGUUUGUUUUACAGCACUUAAAGUAGCAAAAUAUAAACCAGGAUAUGUUAAAUUAACUGAUACCUAUUAAGAAGUCUGCUGCUGAUGUAAGGUGGAACCCACCUAGCUCCAUUUUCUUUUUCUGAGUAAUUUGUUAGUCUUCACUCAUUUAAAAAAAACAGACAUCACUACUUCCAUGUUCAUCCCUUUAUAUUUACAGUUUAUGUGAUAAAAACCGACUGCAGCACUAUGAAGGGGUCAUAUCACAGUAGCAUACAUUUUCUGGAAAUCGAAGCAUAAUAUUUAUUCCAUAUGUACUGUAAAUACUACUGUAGCCUGAAUGAGUGAGACGCUGAAUGACUAAAUGAGCAUAUUUGUUCGCAUACAUUGCACAAAUAUACAUAUUUUCCAUUCCCAGUCCAUGCACGAGAACCUCAUUCGAUAUAGCACAUGUUUAUUACAUAUAACGUUUUCCACUGUUACUCCACUCAGGUUUUCAGUUCUGCUCAGUCAGAAUCAAAAUGUUUCAGUUUUUAACUUCUGAGUCCUUUUCAGGACACAGAGCUAGUGCUUCAGAAUAAGAGUUUUGUGUUGGGGUCGUUUGGGGCGGGAUGGGCGUGCAUGGGGCUUUUUGGUGAAUGUAUGAAGCAGUACGGUUUGUUUGCCUGUGUGUGUGUGUGUGUGUGUGUGUGGUGGGAUGUUCUUUGAUUCAAAUAAGACCAAAAAAGGAAGCAGAGUAUUGAGGGUGUGGUCAGUAACUGCAUCUCAUUACCCUGUACAUGCAACUUUGUGUGCAGAACCCUCUUCUCUGCUGCUCAGCUCCUGGGGCAGCAAAGAGACAACUGGCACUUCUCUUGGUUGUGUUUAUUCUAAAAUGGUGAAGCAUUACUCUUUCUACAAAGAUGUACACAAAGUUAAAGAAGACAGUUUGAUGUGAUUCAUGUAAAACUAAUUUCCCAUAAUUGUUUGCAGUUUCCUAUGGGCUGCUAGACAAAAACACAGUCCUUACAUUGUUUUAUUUAGCUUCCCUGUUCUUCCGUGUAACCAGCUCUGCAGUCUUACCAAAUGAGCAAUGCUCAUGAAGUUAUGCCUUUUACUGUAAGCCUUGAAUGCACUCACCAGGGGCCGAACAAGAUAUAAUUUUUUUAUAUUUACAGUGUUCCUAAUUUAUGGCUUUUUUCCAGCAACAUAUUACAAGUAUUCAAUAGUCCAUCUUUCCUGCCUGGGAUUCAAAUUACAUAAAAGAAUCACAGGAGAUAAUACUGAUGAGGAAGACAAAAAUUGGUGCAUGAGCGUGUCUAUCAUAAUGUGCAAGACAACAGUGCCAGUACUACAAAUCAGAUGACACUAUUGACGACAUUCUUUAGUCUGCAUGAUGAAACAACAUGCAGUUUGUUUAGGUGCACUUUAAACAGAUCUACAAGUUGUUCUUUAUCAUUUCUGACAAAAUAACAGCAAUGACUCACAUUUUAAAAAUUGUGGAAAAGUUUUUCUGACUAAUUUAGACCAUGAGUAGGAGGUAGAAAUUAUGGAAAAUAUAAGUGAAGUGUUAAACAAAUAAUAAAAAGGGAUGGCCAGUCACUUCUAAAAUCCAGGCCACAGCUCAAAGCUGCCCACAGCAGUCAUUCAACAGCACAUCAUUUAGGCCUAACAAAAGGACUGUAAGUCUAACUUUGAUUCAUUUAUCCCCUUUCUUUAACCUAGUUAACACAUCAGAUGUUGAAGUUAAAAUUCUGAGGAAAUUUACAUUUUAAUUAUUAUGUAGUUUUGUUUUGUGGAAAUCGGUUUCCACUUUGAGGUAAGUUUUUCACAAACAAAUUUGGAUUUUCAGUCUGAAUUAAAACUAAUCAGCGAUCCUCUGCACUAUGAGAAAUGUAACUAACACUAUGUUUCUGUUGUAGGGAUAUGUGUGUGUGUGUGUGUGUGUGUGUCUGAUGGUGUUUGGUUCUGCACCUUGUUGGGUCAGGGGGAAGAAGUGAGAAUAUUUUUCCUGGGCAUGUGACUUGAGAGGACGUGUAUCCUACAACAAUGUAUUUUAAAAAGAGUAUUGUAAAAUUUUAGCUGUUGCAAAGAAUAGAGAUCACCUGUACUCCUUUAGAAUGGAUACAUGAUAAUGUAAACGCAAUAUCAUAUUACUCUAACCUAAGGAAUGCAACUGCGCACAUGCACAGAAAAAGAUGUUUUUAUGAAAAUAUAUAUAUAAAUAUAUGACAAAAAUAUAUUUAAAUAGAAUGCUAUGCACCCUCAUAGAGUUGUUAUGGAUGUUCUUUAAGCAUUAUCUAAACUAAGUCAAUGCCCACAUCAUGGGGAAUGUAGAGGCUUUGUAGCUAUCCCACUUGUUUUCUUUUCUUUUGUAUUGUCCUGGAGAGAGGAGAAACAAACAUGACUAUGUAUACAAGCUUUUCAGUCAGACUCAAGAUAUGUAUAGAUCAUCUUACCCUGUACACCAGCUCAAACCAUUUACAAGAAUUAAUAAACAAAGAUGUG